AUGGCUGAUACUACAACUCCUGAUUUCCAGAAAGCUGACUAUAUGACAAUUGAAGUUGAAAUGGAGAUCACGUGUGACAUCAAAGACUUGCACGUUGAUAACACAACCUACAACACGACAGGGUAUAUGUACAACGACACGGUUACCUACCAAUGUGUGGAGGGAUUCCAACAUGCAUCCGGAGAUUUAACGAGACGUUGUAUUGGCAUUAAUACAUGGAGCGGAAGAAGCCCUGUCUGUUUGGAAUGUCAGUGUAAAUGCAAGGCUAGUGUAUACAUCCAUCCAAACGACACAAAAGCAAUAGAAGCAAGUGUAAGGAAAUUAAAGUCUGAACUUUCUAUUAAAGUCAAUGAAACAUCCAAAGCUCAACGAAGGAAAACCAGUGCAACAGAUGACCGAGCAUCGGCUAAAGUAGUCGGGAGCGUGCUUGGAGGAACUCUGCUGGCGAGUCUUGUGUUACUAAUCGUUGUUAGUGACGCCUCAGCCCUGCUUAAUAACAUGAGAAUGGCGUGUCACAAUGUAAAAUCUAGAACCCAGUUCAGAGGAAAGAAGUAG